GUACACACCGCGCCUGCGCACUGACCCGAGCCUACUGCUGUUUUCUGCAUUCGGGUCCAACUUAAUUUUCCUGGAAAACCAGCUGCUGGGACGAAGAAGACAAAUGUGCGGACAGACGGCACAGCACCGCGCCGCACACGAUGACCAAAAACAACAUUGGUGAAACGAGAUAAUGUGCAUUGAUUUCUAUACGUUGUGCACGCGAGGCGAGACGCUCGAUCCUGCGUGGCUGAUGUUGACUGAUGUUCUCCAGUUUUGAGAUGAUCUAUUUUUGUGAUGGCGAAGGGGCUGUUUCCACGGGCCUGGGUGAAGAAGUCAUUCUAUUUCCAAGCCCGUAUCUCCUUUGUAAGGGUGAAGUACUUGUUCUUCACCUGGCUGACGGUGCUGGUGGGGAGCUGGGUGCUCUACGUGCAAUACUCGGCCUACACAGAGCUGUGCAGAGGACACCAGUGCAAAAAUGCUAUUUGUGACAAAUAUAGGAGAGGAAUCAUUGACGGGUCGGCCUGCAGCAGCCUGUGUGAUAAAGACACGUUCUACAUGAGCAGAUGUCUGUCAACACUCCCAAACAACCAGGUGUACACGGGAAGCUGGGGAGAUCACGAAGGGAUCAUUCGCUGUCAUUUGGGGAAAGUCACGCACUACGAGAUGGGCGAUGAGCCGGAGCCUCAGAAGGAGAUCCCUGUGUUCGAUACCCCCACUAGAGGCACAUCAGUGGAGAAAUUCCGAGAGAUGGUCUUGAAUCACCUCAAGUCCAAACUUGGAGAUCAGACCAACCUUGGCGGUCUGGUGAGUGUGAUCCUUUCUGUGGCGGACGGCAACAAAGACGGAAAAGUGUCCCUGCCAGAAGCUCGCUCCAUGUGGGCCCUCCUGCAGAUCGAUGAGGUUCUUCUGGACCUGCUGCUUCAGGAGCGUGGUCACACUCCUCGCCUCCUCGGUUACUGCGGCGACCUCUACAUGACCGAAAGGGUCCCCCAUGGGCCCCUAUACGGUUUGUCUGUACCCUGGCCGCUGGUCUCCUGGGUGCCUGGCGGCUUACAGCGCACCAUGGACCAGUGGUUCGCCCCCUCGUGGCCUCGCAAAGCCAAGAUCUCCAUGGGCCUCCUGGAGCUGGUGGAGGACAUCUUCCACGGCACGUACGGCAGCUUCCUCAUCUGCGACCUGGCGGCGGCCCACUUCGGCUACACGGACGGCCACGAGCUGCGUCUCACCGACACCCGAGCAGUGGUGCCGGAAAGCCAGUUCCGGCGGGGCAUGCGAGCGCUGCGCUGCGAAACGGAUGCCGACUGCGUGUAUGGGGUGGACUGCCGGACGUCGUGCGAUACGGUACAGAGACGCUGCAGGGAGGAGCCCGUCCGGCCCAAUUUGGCCAAAGCGUGCAGUACGCUGAAGGACUACCUGCUGCACGGGGCGCCGUCCACCCUGCGGGACGAGCUGGAGAGGCAGCUGUAUGCCUGCAUGGCCCUCAAGGGCGAUGCUGGGCAACUGAACAUGGAGCAUUCGCUGCUCCUCAACAACUUGAAGGCUCUGCUGUGGAGACAGAUCUCACACACUAAGGACUCAUGACCAGGAGGAAGUAUGCUCUAACAAUGCUGUGAUAUAAUAUGUGAAUAAAUGACAUUUAAUGAAGUUACACUACUCACACAAAAUGUAAGGGUUAUUGGGCUUUCGGGUUUAGUUUCAGGGCGGACCUAAAAUGUACAACUGUUAAAUGAACUGAAGAGCUGAACUGCUGGGCAGUAUGGCUUUUUUGUUUCUUUGCUUGUAUUUAGCUUUUUUUGUAAUCGUAUCGUUCAACUUAUUUGAAUAAUUUCUGCCCUAUUUUGUUUCAGUAAUUGUUUCACAACUUGCUGUUCUCUAAACAGAACAUUUAAACCUAAUUAAACAUAGGGCUGGGUGAUAUGACUUUUUUUUUUUUUUUAAAUCAAAUUAUUCAAUUCAUCGUGUUAGCCUGAAUAUGUUUCAGUCAUUUUUGCACAAUUGGCUGUUAUCUAACAAGGAGCGCAACAGAAAAAUUCAUAACACAUAGGGCUGGGCGAUACAGCUUUUUUCCCCCCUAGCUUUCUUUCGUAAUCGAAUUACUCUUGUUAUUCGAUUGAUCGUAUCAGCCCUAAUUUGUUUCAGUACUUUUUGCACAACUUGCUCGAAAAAGAACCUGAAGGGAAAAAUUCUCAACAGGGGUUUGAUCGAUGAAAAUUUUCAAGCACACUCACUUCUGUCCCUUUCUGUGACUCUUCUAGUUUCUCUGUUGUAACCUGCUGAUGGCACUCUGUGACACUCUUCAGUAGCCACUUUCCUCUGAGAAGAUCCUGUCUAAAGCCUCGGCGUUGCAAGAGGGAGGUGGCCACUGAGACUGAGCUUACAAUGUAAUAAGCAGGUUACAACAGAGAUACAGAGAGACUGGAAGAGUCACAGAAAGGCAUACAUCCUUGGAAGUACAUUCAUUCAUGGAUCCUCCUUGUUGAGGAAAAACAAGUAGUGCAAAAAGUAUUGGGAACAGUUGGACAUAAAAGGUCUAAGUUCACCUGUAAAGCUUAUAGUGCAUUUAGGUUCAUUCUGAACUUUCACCUCGCAAAGAGCAAUAUCCCAAAAGACAUUAUGGACAUUUGUAUACACACUUCAUUCAUGCAGUAUAUAUUUUUAACUUCCUGUAGGUGUAACGGCCAUGUGUACAAAUUCUUUUGCCCAUAUAGCGUAGGUUCAGGGGCUGGAAAUGACAACCGGGUGAUGAAUAUUUAGAGAACAUAGACUCUUAAAGCUGUGUAAUCACGUUUUGGAAAACUUGAGCUGGGACACUCGUUGAAGACUAUCCAAUCCUUGUGUUUUUCUGGAUUUUUUUAACAAUUCAUAUUAGCGGGGGUUUAUGUAGUAUCAAGAAAUAUGGACGGUCCCCAUUUAUUGUGAUGACUUUUGCAUGCUUAUUUUUUAUGAAAACGUAUUCAUUCGAGGUACUGAUACUAACCAGUUAAGGCGCUAGUUAUGAAGGUUAAAUAUUUUUUUUACAUUGUCAAAACUCUAGUAACACUGGUUCAGAAUGGGUUUUGCUUCAAAUUUGGAAGGAAAGUUAUGCAUUUUCACUGUCACAUUUCCAAAGGAUUCGGUAGUCAGUGGAUCAUUUUGGGCAUUGCUAAGUCACUGAGCGGAAGCACAAUCGUUAGUGACACUAGAAGUAAAUCUGCAAAGGUUGAAUCAAGGCAACUGGACUGUUCUUGUUUGUUGAAUCUUUAAUCCAAAAGGCUUCCUCAAUUCUAAAUUCCCGGUGUGGCUCGGUGGGUGUGUUCCUUGGUGGUGGUCAACAAUGUGGUGUUGCCCAGUAUGGUGAAAUGGCCGUCUUGCAUAGCAAUCAAUCGUUUACUCGUCUUGUGGAAAAACAGCUCAUUUGGGCCUCCCUUCCUGUUGAAUGAGGUGAUCCUCAAGGAGUUGGGGGGGGGGGGG